CGGCUGCGGGCGUGCACCCGGCCACUCCCUGCCUCCUUCCCGGCUCCUCGCCUCCCGACGCCUCCAGACGUUCUUAAAUUACCUGUCCGGGGGAGGUGAGGCGGGAGGCCUCGGCGGAGGACUACAACUCCCAUGCGGCGCCGGGCCUGCGCAGGCGCGCCGAGGCUCGGCCCCCCCCUGCCCUGGGAUCCCAUUGGCUGGGCGAGCCCUAGGUGCGGAGUCCGGAUUGGCUGAGGGGCCUGAGGCGACAGAUUCCGGAAAGGGGAAAAAGCAGCGGACAUGGCGGAGCGCGGCGCGGGCCAGCAACUGUCGCAGGAGAUGAUGGAGGUUGACAGGCGGGUCGAGUCCGAAGAAUCUGGUGACGAGGAAGGGAAGAGGCAGAGCGGCGGACUGGUGGCGGAGCUCAGCGAGCACAGCCUGAAGGAUGGACAGGAGCGGGGGGAAGAGGACCCAGAAGGACAAGAGCUGCCUGUGGACAUGGAAACGGUUCACCUGGACAGAGACGCCGAGGACGUCGACCUGAACCACUACCGCAUCGGGAAGAUCGAAGGGUUUGAGGUUCUGAGGAAAGUGAAGAACCUAAUUAAGUGCAUCGAGAACCUGGAGGACUUGCAGAGCCUCCGAGAGCUGGACCUUUAUGACAACCAGAUCAAGAAGAUUGAGAAUCUGGACACACUGGCAGAGCUGGAGAUUCUAGAUAUUUCUUUUAAUCUACUGAGAAACAUUGAAGGGGUGGAUAAGCUGACACAACUGAAGAAACUCUUCUUGGUCAACAACAAAAUCAGUAAAAUCGAGAACCUGAGCACCUUGCAACAGCUGCAGAUGCUGGAACUGGGGUCCAACCGCAUCCGGGCCAUUGAAAACAUCGACUCGUUGACCAGCCUGGAGAGCUUGUUCCUGGGGAAAAACAAGAUCACUAAGAUCCAGAACCUGGACGCACUCUCCAACCUGAGAGUCCUCAGCAUGCAGAGCAACCGGCUGACCAAGAUCGAGGGCCUGCAGAGCCUGGUGAACCUGCGGGAGCUGUACCUCAGCCACAACGGCAUCGAGGUCAUCGAGGGCCUGGAGAACAACAAUAAACUCACGAUGUUGGACAUUGCGUCAAACAGAAUCAAAAAGAUUGAGAAUAUCAGCCAUCUAACAGAGCUGCAGGAAUUCUGGAUGAACGACAACCUCCUCGAGAGCUGGAGCGACCUGGACGAGCUGAAGGGAGCCAAGAGCCUGGAGACCGUGUACCUGGAGCGAAACCCGCUGCAGAAGGACCCGCAGUACCGGCGGAAGGUGAUGCUGGCGCUGCCCAGCGUGCGGCAGAUCGACGCCACCUUCGUGAGGUUCUGACUGUCCGCGCCCCCGCCCGCCCCCUCUCUCCAAGAGAACUGCCCGGCCACGGUUUUUAAUCCGCCCGUUGCUCCUGACACCGCCACUGUAUCAACGGUCACAACCCAACGGCAAUAAAAAGGCGCUGAGUGAUCCCUGCCGCGUGUGCCGCCGCUCGCCGCUGAGAGGCGUUGCCGUUGCCGGCACCACGUGGGGUCCCGUGCU